UUGGACUUUGUUUCUGCUUUGUAUUUGAUGAUUAUUCUAUAAUCUAUGGUGUAUUGGGGUUUGUGGAAUUGUUGAUUAGUAUUCUUUCUGUGUUGGGAGGUUUUGAACAUCCAAGUUAACUGUUGUCACUGGUGAUUAAUUGGUUCCUUGUACUUAGUCCCUGACUGUAACUUGUGAGAUCUAAUAUUCUACUGGGUUUUGCAUAAUUGGUGAGAGAAACUCGGUCCCUCGAAUUGGGAAGUUCCAAUUUAUAAAAGUAGUGUAUUGAUAGUUGGGAAAAGAGUAAGAACUUAGAGGUAAGAUUUUCAUGUGGAAGGUGGUUUGUUUCAUACCUAAGUGGGAGAUAUGCUGAGCUCUGGGGAUGGAGAUAUUGAUAUAUUCUUUGAUUCAGUGGAUAGUUUGCCAACUCAAGAUUCCGUUUUAGCCAUUGGUUCUGAAAGGUGUGAUUAUGAUUAUGAUGAAAUUUGGGUGAAAGAGCCUAUUAGUGUGAAGGAAAGGAGGGAACGUUUUCUGCAUGGUAUGGGUUUAGCUGAUGCUUCUUCCAAGGUUUGUUCACAAGAGCGAAAAAUAAGCUUCGAUGACUCAUCCAUCAACUUAGGAUUGGAUAGGAUCACGGAAUGCAGUGGAGCAAUCUCAAAUGCUUGCAGUUUUUCUGCUGAUCAAGUAUCUGAGAAGUUGGUUCUCUCUGGAUGCAAAACAGCUUCUGAAGCAAAAGUCUUGUUGGAUGAACAAAAAGGGUGUCCUCAAGAUGAAUCACAUGAAAGUUUUCAAGGGAAAGUGCAUGAGCUCUCUUCUACAGCCCAGGAGCACAGACACACAGAAGCUGAGGCCCAAGAAGAGUUUCAGGAUUUAAUGAGUAAAAAGAGAAGGAAAAACUGGUGGAAGCGCUUUACUAACCUCAAGAAAGGUGGUGAUGGAAAAGUCAGAUCAAAAUUGGAUACAGGGACGAAUAAAACUCGUAGAAUAAAGGUAAGGCAGAAUAAAAAGAGGUGGCUGGAGUUCAGUGGGCUACACAUUGGACAAGAGGUUAGAGCUCAUAAAGGCUUAAUCUGGACCAUGAAAUUUAGUCCCAAUGGUCAGUAUUUAGCAAGUGGAGGUGAAGAUGGUGUUGUGCGCAUAUGGCGUGUUGUAUCAUUAGAUACAUCCAAUAUUUGUUUCACCACAGAAGACAGUACCACUUGUAGCAAAGUGAAACAUGAAAACUCUUCUCGUUGGAAAAAACACUCAAGCCAACCCAUCAUUUUCCUUCCAAAUAGUAUUUUUCAAAUUGAGGAAUCACCACUGCAAGAAUUCUUUGGCCAUUCCAGUGAUGUCUUGGAUCUGGCUUGGUCUAAUUCAGAUAUUCUCCUUUCAUCUUCUAUGGAUAAGACUGUUCGCUUGUGGCAAAUUGGUUGUGAUCAAUGUCUAAAAGUUUUCCAUCACAAUGAUUAUGUGACAUGCAUUCAAUUCAAUCCUGUCGAUGAAAACUACUUCAUUAGUGGGUCCAUUGAUGGUAAGGUUCGAAUAUGGGGGAUACAAGAAGAGCGAGUUAUUGACUGGGCAGAUAUACGAGAUGUCAUAAGUGCUAUAAGUUACCAGCAAGAUGGGCAAGGAUUUGUAGUUGGUUCUGUUACAGGCACUUGUCGGUUUUAUGUUGCUUCAGGAAAAUAUUUCCAGCUUGAGGCGCAGAUAAAUGUCCAUGAAAAGAAGAAAGCAUUGGGCAACAAGAUUACUGGCAUUCAGUUCUCGCAAAAAAACUCUCAGAGAAUUAUGAUCACCUCAGAAGAUUCCAAAAUUCAUAUAUUUGAUGGCAUUGAGCUUGUUCAGAAAUACAGAGGUCUUCCUAAGUCAGGAAGUCAAAUGUCUGGUUCAUUUACACCAAACGAAAAACAUAUAAUUUCAGUUGGAGAGGACUCCCAUGUGUAUAUUUGGAACUUCAAUGAGUUGGAAAAUGCUUCUUCUAAACAGAGAAAAUCCAAACGAGCCUGUGAGUACUUUUCAUCCAAGGGUGUUACUGUUGCAAUACCUUGGUCAGGCAUGAAAGCAGAUCAAAGGGGCUCUAGCAGUAACUUUUCCCACCGGUCUUCAGACAUGCAAACGCAACUAGAUGUUAGAGAUUCAGAACGUUUUUCUCUCAGUAAUUGGUUCUCCAUUGAUGCUACAUGUCGAGGUUCUAUGACAUGGCCUGAGGAGAAACUACCAAGCUGGGAUUUACCUUUAGCAGAAGAUGAUGAGUAUGAUCACCAACAGUUAUAUCACCAAGAUACUUGCCAUGACAGAAGUGUUUUAGAAACAUGGGGACUACCAAUUGUGGCAGCUGGUUGUGAUGGAACUAUCAAGACAUUCCACAACUUUGGAUUGCCCAUUAGGCUUUAGGACAAUGCCAUGGUCAUGUUGGUGCUGAAUAACCUUGUAACCUUCUCUUAUUUAAGGGUCAUUCAUUUUAGCCUACAUGCUAUCCAUUUAUGAGAGCUUUUGCCGGUUAUUUUAAGGCUUUGCUUGUUAAAGGUGGAAAUUUACAAGGGUGUUUUGAGGCCUUAGAAUUCAAAAUAACUGGCUAAAAAUUUUGGGAAGCCAGAUUUUGAAGCUUGUGAUAUCCUCUUGCCAUUUCCUUUUAUAGGAUCAUUGCUAAAUCCAUGUUGGAUGUCAAGCCUCCUGACAUGUUCCAAGAAUUUGCACUUUUACACUUUUGCUAUGCCUCAAAUUUAAUGUGGUUCUGGUGGUGGCGUCAGGGUCACAGGCCACACAUGAAUCCUAAU